AUGUCCUUUUCUCGCAGUCAGAACACUCAUGAGCAUGGCUAUUUUCUUGGGGACGACCCUCUGCGUAGAGUUUGGAGGUAUAAAGAUCUUGGCAUAAUAACUACUCCAACACUUCAUCCAGGAGAGCAUAUCCAACAAAUUUGCCACAAAUCAAGUUCCACUCUGGGCUUUCUCUUCCGCUUCACUCGAGGACUCUCCAUUAAUGCCUUGGUGUUGCUUUUUCGUGCACUGGUUCGUCCCACCCUCGAAUACAACUCUCCUGUCUGGGCUCCAUAUCAGACUGGACUCAUAUCUUCGCUGGAGAGAGUUCAAGUUCGUUUCAUUAGGGUCCUUGGCUGCAGAAUGGGAUAUCGCUACCUUGAUGCUCCCAUGAAUCUCAUCAGAUCUCAGUUUAAUCUAUGCUGCUUGGAAGAUCGGAGGAAAAUUUCGGACGCUCUGUUUCUCAUGAAGAUUGUAAGUGGAAAUAUCGACUGCCCUGAGCUUUUGGGAGGAAUACCAUUCCACGUUCCUGUCCGCACAAGAUCCAAGGAUACGUUUGAGCGGAGGCACUACAAUACUGUAUAUUUACAGCGAAGCACUAUCCCUCGCCUUUUGCGGGUCGGCAACGAGGUCGGCGCAGUGUUGGAUUUUCACCGUUCCAGCGUGGCUGCUUUCCGCUCCAAUCUGUGUCGCCUCUUCUCUGUAAAUAAUUUGUAG